AUGUCCCCAGUUGCAGUUGCUGUAGAAGACAAAUACGAUGCCUCUCAAUUCCAACCCUCGUAUCUUGGCAAAACUGCAAAAGGUAACCUCACAGUUAGCAAAGAAAAUCAAAGUUUGACGCUAUAUCCCGAAUAUUUACCCACAUGGAACCCAUUUCAGAAAUAUCCCCCAUACAAGUUUCAGAAAUUCCACGACAAAGGUUUGGAAGCAAGUGAAGAACUCACUAAUUUGUUUUCCAGGAAUAACCAGAAAUACAAGGUGAGAAAAUUAACACCAAAACUCGGUUCAGAAAUUGAAGGUAUCCAAUUAAGUCAAUUGGACGAUUUAGCUAAGAAGGACUUAUCGAGAUUUGUUAGUGAGCGAGGUGUAGUGAUUUUCAAAGACCAAGACUUCAAUGCAAAAGGUCCACAAUUUGCCAUUGAUUUUAUGCGGUUUUUUGGUCCAUUGCAUAUUCAUCCAACUUCAGGCUCACCUGAAGCCUUUCCAGAAAUGCAUAUAACGUUCCGUGGUGCUUCACAAAGAGAAAUUGAUUCAGUUUUUGCUAGAAACACAAACUCAAUCUCGUGGCAUAGUGAUUGUUCAUAUUCACUCAAUGCCCUACAAUUAACCUUAUUUUCGUGUUUACAGUUACCUGAAAGUGGAGGAGAUACAUUGUUUGCAAAUACGGUAGAAGCUUACAACCGGUUGAGUCCAGCUAUGCAGCAGAGAUUGGAAGGGUUGCACAUUUUGCAUUCAUCAGUAGAGCAAGCAGAAUCAAAUAAGAAAGCAGGAGGUAUAACUAGAAGAGAGCCAGAGUCAAAUAUUCACCCAAUUGUUAGAAUCAACCCAACAACUGGUCAAAAGCACCUUUACGUAAAUAAAGAGUUUGGGCGAAGAAUAAUUGAGUUGAAAAAGGAAGAAUCUGACUAUUUAUUGAAUUUCCUUUAUAACCACAUUGAAGAUGCUCAAGAUUUACAAAUUAGAGUCGCUUGGCAGCCAAACACAGUUGUGUUAUGGAAUAAUGCCACUACAGUCCACACACCAUGCGUCGACUUUAGUGAACCUGUUAUCAGACACGCUUAUAGAUUAAGUGUAAUGGGAGAAAGACCUGUUUCUGAUUUGAAAUACUUGAAUGAUGAACAAUAUUUGAAAGAUGAAUAUGAGGCGCUUGGUAUAUGA